ACUUCCGCCUCGCCUUGGUGUUGUCGUCCGCGCUCCGACUCCCGGCGCGGGGUCGUCGCGGAGCUUCAGUCAUGCGUUCAGGAUAGGGGCAUCUCCCGCAGCGACGCGGCCGGCAAGCCUGACAGCGUUCCGGGGCCCGGGCUUCCAGGUGGUUUGACAAGAUGCUGCUCUCCAUAGGAAUGCUCAUGCUGUCGGCCACACAAGUCUAUACCAUCUUGACUGUCCAGCUCUUUGCGUUCUUAAACCUUCUGCCUGUAGAAGCAGACAUUUUAGCAUAUGAUUUUGAAAAUGCAUCUCAGACAUUUGAUGAUCUCCCAGCAAGAUUUGGUUAUAGACUUCCAACAGAAGGUUUAAAGGGUUUUUUGAUAAACUCCAAGCCAGAGAAUGCCUGUGAGCCCAUAGUGCCUCCACCACUGAAGGACAAUUCGUCCAGCGCGUUUAUUGUGUUAAUUAGAAGAUUUGAUUGUAAUUUUGAUAUAAAGGUUUUAAAUGCCCAGCGAGCAGGGUACAAAGCAGCCAUAGUUCACAAUGUUGAUUCUGACGACCUCAUUAGCAUGGGAUCCAACGACAUUGAUGUGUUAAAGAAAAUUGACAUUCCAUCUGUCUUUAUUGGUGAAUCGUCAGCCAAUUCCCUGAAAGAUGAAUUUACAUAUGAAAAAGGAGGCCACAUUGUCUUGGUUCCAGAAUUCAGCCUUCCUCUGGAGUACUACCUGAUCCCCUUCCUCAUCAUAGUAGGCAUCUGCCUCAUCCUCAUCGUCAUUUUCAUGAUUACGAAAUUUGUUCAGGACAGACAUAGAGCCAGAAGAAACAGACUUCGUAAAGAUCAGCUUAAGAAACUCCCUAUACAUAAAUUCAAGAAAGGAGAUGAGUAUGAUGUAUGUGCUAUUUGUUUAGAUGAAUAUGAAGAUGGAGACAAGCUGCGAAUCCUUCCCUGUUCCCAUGCUUAUCACUGCAAAUGUGUGGACCCUUGGCUAACUAAGACCAAAAAAACCUGUCCAGUGUGCAAGCAGAAAGUUGUUCCUUCUCAAGGUGACUCCGAUUCAGACACAGACAGCAGUCAAGAGGAAAACGAGGUGUCCGAGCACACCCCUUUACUCAGACCUCUAGCUUCCGGCAGUGCCCAGUCCUUUGGGGCGCUGUCGGAAUCCCGCUCCCAUCAGAACGGGACAGAGUCUUCAGACUACGAGGAGGAAGACAAUGAGGGAAGCGACAGCAGCGACGCGGAGAACGAGGUGAACGAGCAUAGCGUUGUGGUCCAGCUGCAGCCUAAUGAGUGGGAUUACAACAUAGCGAACACUGUUUAAUCUUACGGGUGAUGGGUUUAUUUCCCGUACAAUUUUUUUAGGUACAUAAUUUCACUUUUUGAUCCCUUCAGAGAUCUCUGUAGAGGUAACUUAUUUUUUACUAUUCUAGUUUAAUCAUAUUACUGAAACAGCCUUUUGACCCAGUAGUUAUCUUCAGGAGUAUACGUUCAUUUCACUAAUAAUUAACACAUUGGUGCUGUAACUCAAGCAUCAAAUCAGCUCUUUGGGAUGAAAUAUAACCAAAACAUUUUUAUAAAAACCUUUAAUACAGCUUGUAAUUAAGAUGCAGAUCAAAGUAUGCAAAUUUUCUGUUUUGCACCCAGUCAGUGCUGUAGCAACCAGCAAGAGCUAAGUCGCUUUGCACCUCCACUGGGUUACCUAGCAUGGCCGAGUUGGAGAAUGUGGGUUCUGGUAUUUCUCCAGAUUGCCACCAUUCAUGAGAGGCAACAAGGCAUUUUAGCAUCUUCCUUAUCAGCACCCCCAGAGAAACUCAAAGCUGGCACCUUUGAAUUCCCGGCAGUCUUGACCUCAUAGGGUCUGUAAUAGCACUGUAGUGUUAUCUAUGAAUUUAAUUCAGCAGUUAAAGUCACGUCUCUGGAUUUGACUCACUGAAUUUCAGUAUCCUUAAGGGUUUUUGUUUGUUUUUUUGUGAUCAAAGUAAAAAAGAAAAUGCUGCAUAAAAUACCAAACUUAGUAACUAUUAAUACUCAGAUCAUAUACCUCUUAAUAAGGAGCAUCUUAUGCUAUCUAGCCCUGCUAAAGUGUGUUCAGAGGAAAUUGUUCAAGUAUUGGUUUGAAAGUGCUUACGUUUAACAGAACUAAUGAUGUAUUAAAACAAUGUAUUAUGAAUAGCUAAAUUAUAUUAUACACUAUUGUAACUAUGUGGAAGAUACAGACACGUAUAAUCAAAAUGCUAAGAAUUUUUAUAUGGCCUUGUUUGAAGGGAGUUUGAAAGUUAAUAAACAUGUUUUUCACUUUA